AGCUCUGCAAGCAAUAUUUCCAAAGAGAGGAAAUUCAGGGCUAAAGCAAAAUUGCGAUACAUACUAUUCCUUUUUUCCAGCUUAAGAGAGAAGAAAUAUGGGAGCCAACGGAGGCUUCAUGUUCGCACUCCUGGGGUUCAUGGUCUUUCAUGGGUGGUCACUCUACUCGGCACAGGCCGCCGUACAUAACUAUACUUUCAUCUUGAAAGAGACCAACUUUACAAAACUAUGUAGUACGAAGAGCAUACUAACGGUGAAUGGUAGCUUUCCCGGGCCAGAGAUUCGCGUGCACAAGGGAGACACCGUGUUUGUCACGGUACACAACCACGGAACAUACGGCCUAACAAUUCACUGGCACGGAGUAAAACAACCUAGAAACCCUUGGUCGGAUGGUCCAGAGAACAUCACGCAGUGCCCCAUUCCAGCGAACACCAGUUUCACUCAAGAGAUCAUAUUCAGUGAUGAAGAAGGAACUCUUUGGUGGCACGCUCAUAGUGACUGGACUCGUGCCACUGUGCAUGGCGCCAUCAUCGUUUUGCCAUUGCCCGGAAAGCGAUACCCUUUUACAACUCCUUAUGCUGAACAGACCAUUGUCCUAGGUGAAUGGUAUAAGGGAGAUGUUAUGGCGAUUGUCGAUGAAGCAGUUUCAACCGGUGGCGAUCCAAAUAUAUCGGAUGCUUUCACCAUCAAUGGGGAACCAGGAGACUUAUAUGACUGCUCCAACACGACGACGUUCCGCAUGUUGGUCAACAAGGGUAAAACAUACAUGCUCCGUAUAAUCAGUGCCGUGAUGAAUGAGGAGAUCUUCUUCGGCAUCGCGAACCACAAACUCACCCUGGUGGCGCAGGAUGCAUCAUACCUGAAGCCCGUAUCCGUCGAUUACAUCAUGAUCAGCCCCGGCCAGACAAUGGACGUUUUGGUUACGGCUAAUCAGACCAACAGCCAUUACUACAUGAUGGGGAGCCCUUUCGCAGACACAACUGCGCCGUUCGAUAACACCACAACGACAGCGAUCUUCCAAUACAAGGGCAAUUACACCCCGCCAACUACCCCAGCAUCCCCGAGCCUGCCGGUCUACAACAAUAAGAGUGCCGUUGGGAACUUCACAAAACUAUUGAGGAGCUUGGCUAGCACAGAACAUCCAGUGAAUGUGCCUAAAAACAUCACAGAGCGAAUCUUCAUGACCGUUUCUGUGAAUCAGAUCGAAUGCGCGAAUGCAUCAUGCAGUGGCCCCGAUGGGAACGCGUUGGCUGCCAGCUUGAACAACAUUAGCUUUGUGACUCCAACUAUUGAUAUCCUACAAGCUUACUACAGCAAUAUUACAGGUGUAUAUAACUCGACUUUUCCCAGUGUGCCACCAUAUCUUUUUAACUUUACCGGUGAUGUGGGGGACAACACAUUAUACCCAAAACAAGGGACAAAGGUGAAAGUAAUUAAGUACGGUGCUGCUGUGGAAAUUAUUUGGCAAGGGACUAACGUCGGGGCUGCCGAGAAUCACCCGAUGCACCUGCAUGGAUUCAGUUACUAUGUGAUUGGUAUGGGUGAUGGGAACUUUGACAAUGCGACUAGCCCCUCACAGUACAACUUGGUUGACCCGCCGCUGGUUAACACCGUCGGACUCCCGAAGAAUGGUUGGGCCGUGAUCAGAUUUGUAGCUAAUAAUCCAGGAGUGUGGUUCAUGCACUGUCAUUUGGAAAGACACGCGACCUGGGGCAUGGACAUGGCUAUCAUUGUCCAAGACGGUCCGACUAAUGCAACAAAAAUGCUCCCGCCCCCAUCUUACAUGCCUCCUUGUUCCUCGUCGUAGGACAAGUGUUUAGUCUUUCGGGUGAAUUACGGGGUCGAAGCCCCCAAUCCAUCCUGUUUAGUUGUUCAAAUCAAUUGGUAUCAAAUAAAUAUCUAUGUGAAGAAAGGUCUUUCCCUGAUGCAAGUGCUAUGCCCAUCCUGUCGAGCAAAAAAGAAAAAGUGCUAUGCACAUCCAAGUUUUACAAAUAAUAAGCCCGACUGAAUGAUUGAUGGGAUGAGCUUUGUGUGUAGGUCUAUUUAUGAAGAAACCGUGUUUGAAUAUUGAAAGUGAUGUGUCAUGUUGGAUACUUUGGGCUAUCA